GGUCUUGUCCCGCCUCCCGGCCACGUGGGGUUCUCUCUUCCUGUGGAUCCGGUCCUGGGUACAAGCAAUGGCGCCUUUCAGGAUGAAGACCCAGCACGAGUCCUACAGCCCAGGAACCGGCAAGAAGUGUUCCCUUUCCAGGAAUUGGCUCCUUAUGCACACUCAGCAGUACUGGUGUAAGUUUAAGCACUUUCUGAAGCCAUCAGUGCUUAACGUGGAAGCACGUCUGCUGGAAAAGAUUUUCGGUCCAAGCAGAGUUCUUCUCCCGGGGUUCGAACGGGAGUUCAAAGUCGUGCUCCAGAUGAGAAAGCCCAACUCCGAGGGCAAGGUUGAAAUCUUCAUCCUGGGGAGACGCCGGUACCGCAAGCGUGCCAAAAGGCUGAUUCGCAUUCUGACCACGAAGCCCAGAAGGAAGUCGUGUGAAGGCACAAUGAUGCUCAGCCUGGAAACCAUGAAGUCUCUUGAAAAAGAGAAUGUUCACUCCAGUGCUUUCCUCUCCACCACAGUGAUGAACAGCCUGGAUGAAGCCAUGCAGUCGCUGGAAAUAGGUCAGGAGACUGUCCAGGAACCUGUUACCAAAACAGUGUGAAUUUUGUGAUGAGGUUCUCAGUGCAGGGGCAUCAGUCUGGGUCAGGAGCCUUAUGCUUAGAGACCCAGUCUGAACUCUUUUGUUCCUGUGGCUCAGGGGAAAUAAGUAUUGUUCAUGGUCUACAUAACUUUCUGCUGCAUAGACAGCUGUUUAAAGAUUCAAACAUGAGUUAUAAUAAAAAAAAAUAAACUUUAAAAAAAUAGAUAUAGAUUAGUAUUGUCAAGAAGACAGUCUUGCUUUUGCACACUCCAAGAUGGGAAAGAGCUAGGAAUUAACAAAUGGUUGGUUCUGCUUUUUCAUAGUGUUCUGUAUUAGGCGGGUGUGACUAGGAUCUUUAAUGUUCCAGGGAGCUUUUGUAGCUAAGGAAGAACUUUACUGUUUAUUCUUUCAUUAAUGGUGAUUUUGGAAAAAAAAAAAAAGUUAUACUGAUAUUAAACAAGCUUUGUAA